UUCCCGCCUCGGUGGUGGUGGUGGUGGGUCCCGCUUCGCCUUCCGAAGGACGGUGAGAAAGAUGUGGUCUCCCCCUCGCCCCAACCCGAGCCAGCCUUCGCCCCAGGGAGGAAAAAGGACCCCGAACAAGGAGAUCCUGCGGGUCCUUUUAGAGGCGGAGCCACAGCAGAGAACCAAGAUGGAAGAGAUGGAUCCGGAUGACCCAGAGGCCGGAGAAGAUCCCCGUUUCUCCUGGACCGGGAGCGGCAGAGAGUCAUGGGAAGGGAGGGUGAAGGCCACCUUGGAGGAGGGGGAGGUCCCGAGCGUGGACACCUCGCGCCAGCGCUUCCGGGGUUUCUGCUACCAGGAGGCCGAGGGGCCCCGAGAGGCUUGCGGCCGCCUCCACGGCCUUUGCGUCCAGUGGCUCAAGCCGGAGAAGCACAGCAAAAGCCAGAUCCUCGACCUGGUGGUCUUGGAGCAGUUCCUGGCCGUCCUGCCCCCGGAGAUGGAGGGCUGGGUCCGAGGGUGCGCGCCCGAGACGAGUUCCCAGGCGGUGGCGCUGGCCGAGGGCUUCCUCCUGAGCCGGGCCGGAGGCGAGGAGGAGAAGAAGGGAGAAGAGCCGGAGCCGUCGUCGGAGGCAAGCAAGGAUCUUCCUGACGGGGAGCAGGCUCUGGCGGAGACGGCGCAGGGGCCCCUCUUUGGGGGGUUCGUGCAGGACGGCGAGGAUGCUGCCACCUCCGUGGGAAAGGGAGACGGCAGAAGGACCCUCGAGAGUCCAUCACGGUCACCCUCGCUUUGUGGAGAAAUGGAUACCGUUUCUGUGAAGUCAGACCAGGAUCUGGAGACCUUUGAGGAGAUGGCCGUCCAUUUCACCGCCUUGCAUGGAGGGGGCCUGGGGGCUUCCCGCUCCAAAGCCGAGCGCUCCACGGGAGGAAACCAGAGAGGAGAAGGGUGGAGCUGUGGAAGCCUGGGGCUCCCGGUUCCCAGACCCAAUUUCGUCUCUUGGCAGGAAGAGGGAGAGGAUCCGUCCGUGGAGGACUCCGAGGAAAGAGAGAGACUAGAAGUUCUUCAAAGGGAGAACCUGGAAGGCUCCGAAGAGGGGCCGAGGAUGGGAACGGAGGAGAAACGAAUCGUCUUUGAAGGGAUUGAUUUCCAUGAGAUCCCACUGCCGGAGCCCUACGGCGAAGGGAGCAGAAGGCCCAACGGGGAGAACCAUUUGAUCUGCUCUCAUUGCGGGAAGAGUUUCAGCCAGCAGGUCUACCUGACCAAGCACCAGAGAAUCCACCCAGCCGCAAGAACCUACAGGUUCCUGGACUGCAGGAAGCCCUUUGGCCCCGUCUCGGAGGCCGACGCUCCCCUGAGGUUCUACGCGGCGAAAAAGUCCCACGACUGCUCGGCGUGCGGGAAGAGUUUCAGUGACCACAGGAGCCUUAAAAGACACCAGAGGAUCCACACGGGAGAAAAACCCUAUAAGUGCCCCGAAUGCGGGAAAAGCUUCAGCCGCAGCCCGGAACUGAAAUCGCAUCAAAGAAUCCAUACCGGGGAGAAGCCCUAUAAAUGCACCGUCUGUGGGAAGAUGUUCAGUCAGAGCUCGAACCUCAGCAAGCACCAGAGGAUCCACACGGGGGAGAAACCUUAUACCUGUGCAGAAUGCGGCAGGAGCUUCAACCACAGCACGCACCUGAAGCGGCACCAGAGGGUUCACACGGGGGAGAGGCCUUACAAGUGCACCGAGUGCGGGAAGAGCUUCAGCCAGAGCAUCAUCCUGAAACUGCAUCAGAAAAUCCACACGGGGGAGAAGCCCAACCGGUGCUCCGAGUGCGGCAAGAACUUCAGCAAUAGUGGGAAUCUGAAAAUACAUCAAAAGAUCCACCGAGGGGAGAAGCCCUUUAAGUGCACCGAGUGCGGGAAGUGCUUCAGCCAAAGCAUCAUCCUCAAAUCGCAUCAAAGGAUCCACACAGGAGAGAAGCCCUACAAGUGCUCCGAGUGCGGGAAGAGCUUCGGGGACAGCCGGAGCCUAAAAGUCCAUGAAAGGAUCCACACCAAGGAGAAGCCCUAUAAGUGCUCGAUGUGCGGGAAGAGCUUCAGCGUGCGGAAAAGCCUCAACGUGCACCAGAGGACUCACACGAAGGAGAAGCCCUACAAGUGCGCCGAGUGCGGAAAGAGCUUCAGCGACAGCCGGAUCCUGAAAGUGCACCAAAGGAUCCACACGGGGGAGAAACCCUAUAAAUGUGCCGAGUGCGGGAAGAGCUUCAACCAGAGCCCGCACCUUAAAAGGCACCAAAGAACCCACACAGAGGAGAAACCCUAUAAAUGCGCCGAGUGCGGGAAGAGCUUCAACCAGAGCCCGCACCUUAAAAGGCACCAAAGAACCCACACAGAGGAGAAACCCUAUAAAUGCGCCGAGUGCGGGAAGAGCUUCAACCUUAGAGUAGAGUUUAUUUGUCUGGAGUGGAGGAGAAACCAUCAGCAAGCAGCAUGCAGCUGA